CAGAACGUUAGGCAAUCAGAUCUUAUCAGCUUGGAUUAGCUAUGUACAGGAAAUUAGUAGCGUUCCUCCUCCUUCUCCUUCUGAUCCACUUGGCUGCUGCUGGUCAGAUCCAGGAUGCUGCCGAGGAGAUCGACGUACCGCCUGCCCAUCGAGCUGCACCACCACCACAACCGCAGGCAGCUGGAGCUGCUGCUCCCCCACCACCACUGGGCCCACCACCACCUGUGGGCUCUGUACCGCCACCGAGCUAUCCUUUGUUCUACCCAGCUGCGUGGCUGCCAUUCGGACGUUACAGCGCCUCCAUUCCCCUACACAUAAUAACUGCCUGAGGGCUCGUCCUGUCACUGACCAUAAGCUGGUCAAAGGACACUGUUGCCCCUCCUGUUGAAUCCCCGCUUUGCUGUUACUGUUACUCGUUUUGUAAUUGUUUUAUUCGAAUGAAAUACAAUAUAUUUUUAGAUACGCA